GCAGUCAGAGAUUAUAGUUGACUCGGGAAUUUUAUGAUAAAUAACAGAGUAUUAUGAAAGUUUCAUACAUCAUGUUGACUUUCGAAUGAUCAUCAAUUCUGCGAUUUUGCGCAUGCGUUGUAUGUCAUUUGGUGCUAUUUAGCGGCAGCUUCGCUUUAUUCAGCUUUAUUGUAGAACUGUUACGAGGUUCAGCGGCGACUAGUUUUGUAUUUGUGAAGCGGUUAUUGAUAUAUUACUUAAUUUACAAGAAUGUCGGACUUACGCAUUCUGGGCAAGCGAUUAGGGCAACGCGCCGGUCAAGAAGCGAUCGUGCUUGGCAAAAUUACGGAGAAAAGUUCAGAUGGUAUGAGUGCAGAGAUAACAACAACAGAUGAUGCUCGAAUUAAUGUGACAUUUCAUGAGCCGCUCGACAGCAAUGUAUCAAAUUAUAUAGAGGUGCGCGGUACAGUGAAAUCAAGAUCCACCAUGUUCUCUAACAAUUUUAUAUGCUUUCCUCCGGACAUGAUUAAAGAUUUUGAUGCAAAUAGCUACAACAAAAUGGUGAAUGUGCGCUACGCAAUAGCUAAUCAGUUAGAAGGAGUAUUCAAUGAAGAUUAAAAGAUGCACAAGCCCAAAGAGAGUUUUUCUGCAAAUUGUUUACUCUGUUCCAUUCUUUCUCAUACUUUUCUUUUUACAUUCUGCCAAUUUGAUAUAUAUGUUUACUAUAAUAAUAACAAGAAAUGCUGCAAUAUAAAAAAGAGUAUUCAAAUAUAAGCAUUCCUUUGUCUAUACAUAAAAUCAAUCAAAUUGGAUUAGAUACAAAACAUGCGAAAUUCUAGAACUAAUAAAAAUAAAUCAUCUCAGUAA